CUGUAAAAUGGCGCUUUGUUGUUACAACUGUUUCGAGUCCAUUUGAUAUAGAUUAUGAAGCUUGUUUGAUUGUCAAACUAAAUGUGCGUCUCAUAAUGCAAUUUAUGUAUAGGCUAGCAACAGACUGGACAAGAAGGUUCAUUCCUUUGAGAGCACAUCUCGUUUUGCGAUAGCUUGUUCGCUGCACACCGGUUGAUAGCAUUAGCUAGCUAAUAUUUUUACUAAGCUAACAUUCUUCGUACUGUCAUUUUUUUUUAUUAAACAGCGGUGCAAAAUCAAAGAACAUGGGUUAUUUAAAACUUAUUGAAAUCGAAAAUUUUAAGUCAUACAAAGGAAGGCAGAUCAUUGGACCUUUUCACAAGUUUACUGCGAUCAUUGGACCUAAUGGAUCUGGAAAGUCCAAUCUUAUGGAUGCCAUCAGCUUUGUGUUGGCAGAAAAAACCAGCAACCUUCGUGUAAAAACUCUGAAGGACCUAAUCCAUGGAGCACCUGUAGGGAAGCCAGCUGCAAACAGAGCCUUUGUCAGUAUGGUGUACCAGGAAGAUAAUGGCGAAGAGCGCUCCUUCACAAGGGUCAUUAUCGGUGCGUCCUCUGAGUACCGUAUUAACAAUAAGGUGGUGGGCCUGCCGGAAUAUAGUGAAGAGCUGGAAAAACUUGGCAUUCUGAUUAAGGCCAGGAACUUCCUAGUCUUUCAGGGAGCUGUGGAGUCUAUUGCUAUGAAGAAUCCCAAAGAACGUACUGCACUCUUUGAAGAAAUCUCGCGUUCUGGAGAACUGGCCCAGGAGUAUGACCGGAGGAAGAAAGAGAUGGUGAAAGCAGAGGAAGACACACAGUUCAAUUAUCAUCGGAAGAAGAACAUUGCUGCAGAACGUAAAGAAGCCAAGCAAGAGAAAGAGGAGGCUGAGCGUUACCAGCGUCUUAAGGAUGAAGUGGCCAGGGCCAGUGUGCAGUUGCAGCUCUUCAAACUGUACCACAAUGAGACUGAGAUUGAAAAGCUGAACAAAGAGCUGGGCCAGCGGAACAAGGAGAUUGAGAAGGACCGUAAAAAGAUGGACCAUGUGGAGGAGGAGCUGAAGGACAAGAAGAAGGAGCUGGGCAGGAUGAUGAGAGAGCAGCAGACCAUCGAGAAAGAAAUAAAAGAGAAGGACUCUGAGUUGAACCAAAAGAGGCCUCAGUACAUCAAGGCCAAGGAGAACACCUCACAUAAAAUCAAGAAACUUGAGGCUGCUCGAAAAUCCCUACAGAAUGCCCAGAAGAUGUACAAGAAACGUAAAGCAGACAUGGACGAGUUGGAUAAAGAGAUGAGGGCAGUUGAAUUGGCCAAGCAGGAGUUUGAGGAAAGAAUGGAGGAAGAAGCACAGAGCCAGGGCCAGGACCUCACGCUGGAGGAAAAUCAGGUUAAGCAGUACCAUCGUCUGAAGGAGGAGGCCAGUAAACGUGCUGCCACUCUGGCACAGGAGCUGGAAAAGUUCAACCGUGACCAGAAGGCAGACCAGGACCGCCUUGACUUAGAGGAGAGGAAGAAAGUGGAGACUGAGGCCAAAAUCAAACAGAAGAUCCGUGAAAUUGAGGAAAACCAGAAACGUAUUGAGAAACUGGAGGACUAUAUUGCCACCAGCAGGCAGUCACUUGAUGAGCAGAAGCGCAUGGAGGAGGAGCUGACGGAGGAGGUGGAAAUGGCAAAGAGGAGAAUUGAUGAAAUCAACAUGGAGCUUAACCAGGUAAUGGAGCAGCUGGGUGAUGCCAGAAUUGACAGGCAAGAGAACAGUCGACAGCAGCGCAAAGCAGAAAUCAUGGAGAGCAUCAAAAGACUCUACCCAGGCUCUGUGUAUGGUCGUCUGAUCGACCUGUGUCAGCCCACUCAGAAGAAAUAUCAGAUUGCUGUGACUAAAGUGUUGGGCAAGAACAUGGAUGCCAUCAUCGUUGACUCAGAGAAGACUGGCAGAGACUGCAUUCAAUACAUCAAGGAGCAGCGAGGAGAGCCUGAGACCUUCCUUCCUCUCGACUACCUUGAGGUUAAACCAACAGAUGAAAAACUGAGAGAACUGCGAGGAGCCAAGCUGGUGAUUGAUGUGAUUCGCUACGAGCCACCUCACAUCAAGAAAGCCCUCCAGUAUGCUUGUGGCAACGCUCUGGUUUGUGAGAAUGUUGAGGAUGCACGGAGGAUUGCUUUUGGAGGUCCAUACAGGCACAAGACGGUAGCCCUGGAUGGAACUCUGUUCCAAAAGUCUGGAGUCAUCUCUGGAGGAGCCAGUGACCUGAAAGCAAAGGCCAGACGCUGGGACGAGAAGGCAGUGGACAAGCUGAAGGAAAAAAAGGAAAAACUUACUGAAGAGCUAAAAGAGCAAAUGAAGGCGAAGAGAAAGGAGGCAGAGCUGCGCCAGGUUCAGUCUCAGGCCCACGGUCUGCAGAUGAGACUGAAGUAUUCGCAGAGUGACCUGGAACAGACAAAAACCCGACACCUCUCCCUCAACAUGCAGGAGAAGUCCAAACUAGAGAGUGAACUCGCUAACUUUGGCCCUCGCAUCAACGAUAUCAAAAGGAUCAUCCAGUCCCGUGAGCGAGAAAUCACCGACCUCCGGGACCGCAUGAAUCUGGUGGAGGAUGAGGUGUUUGUUGAGUUCUGUAAGGAGAUUGGAGUGAGGAACAUCCGAGAAUUUGAGGAAGAGAAAGUGAAGAGGCAGAAUGAAAUUGCAAAGAAGCGUCUUGAAUUUGAGACCCAGAAGACCCGCCUGGGUAUCCAGGUGGACUAUGAGAAGAACCAGCUGAAAGAGGAUCAAGAGAAGGUCAUGAUGUGGGAGCAGACUGUUAAGAAGGAUGAAGCUGAAAUAGAGCGGCUUAAGAAGGAGGAGCACAGACACAUGAAAAUCAUUGAUGAAACAAUGGCCCAGCUACAAGACCUGAAGAACCAGCACCUCACUAAGAAAUCUGAAGUCAAUGAUAAAAAUCAUGAAAUGGAGGAGAUCCGGAAAAAACUGGGAGGCGCUAACAAAGAAUUGACUCAGCUCCAGAAGGAGGUGACGGCCAUUGAGACCAAACUGGAGCAGAAGCGCAGUGACCGGCACAACCUGCUGCAGGCCUGCAAAAUGCAGGACAUCCGGUUGCCGCUUCGCUCUGGAACAAUGGAUGAUAUAAGCCAGGGAGAGGGGAGCUCCCAGACAGAUGAGUCCAGCAGCCAGAGGACAUCCAGCAGUGUUUUGGCUAAAGAAGCUCUCAUAGAGAUUGACUACAGUAGUCUCUCUGAGGACCUAAAGGAUGCAUUGUCAGAGGAGGAGAUUAAAGCAGAGACAAACACACUGCAGCAGCGUCUGAAUGAACAACAGAGCAUCCUGCAGAGGAUCAGUGCACCCAACAUGAAGGCCAUGGAAAAGCUUGAGAGUGUCAGGGACAAGUUCCAGGAGACCAGCGACGAGUUUGAGGCUGCUCGUAAAAGAGCCAAAAAGGCCAAGCAAGCCUUUGAGCAAAUCAAAAAGGAGAGGUUUGAUCGUUUUAAUACCUGUUUUGAGUCUGUGGCCACCAACAUUGAUGAAAUCUACAAGGCGCUCUCACGCAACAGCAGUGCCCAGGCCUUUCUGGGCCCAGAAAACCCAGAGGAACCAUAUCUGGAUGGUAUCAACUAUAACUGUGUGGCUCCAGGGAAGAGGUUCAGACCAAUGGAUAAUCUGUCUGGAGGAGAGAAGACUGUUGCUGCCCUGGCUCUGCUGUUUGCUAUUCACAGCUACAAACCUGCUCCAUUCUUUGUCCUGGAUGAGAUCGACGCAGCUCUGGACAACACUAAUAUUGGGAAGGUGGCCAAUUACAUCAAAGACCAGUCUGUCCAGAACUUCCAGGCCAUUGUCAUUUCUCUGAAGGAGGAAUUCUACACCAAGGCAGACUCACUUAUAGGAGUUUAUCCAGAGCAAGGAGACUGUGUUAUCAGCAAAGUGCUCACCUUUGACCUCUCACAGUAUCCAGAUGCCAACCCAAAUCCAAACGAAUAAGAGCAGCACUCCCUUCAUCAGCUUUUUGGCAAGUUGGAUGUUUCAUGUACUCUAGUCACAGAUCAUCUGUUAGUUCUCUUGUUUUUUUUUUAUAUAUAUAUGUAUUUUUUUUUUAAUAUGCUAGAGUAGAAAAUUAGUUUUUCUUUUGUUUUUGCAGUAUACAGUUUCUCUUUUUUUUUAAAGACAGAAACAAACAAGGUGUAUGUACAUUUAUGAGCCAGCCCUUACUUAAUUUGGCUUUAUGGUUCAUUAUAAUAAUUAAUAAAAAUGCAUUAUAAUCACUGUCUAACUUUUAUCGUGAUGAAAAAUUGGAUGACCCUAACUAAGGCAAUUUAUUUUCAGACCUUUUUUAUACUGUUGAGCCUAUAUUCUCAGUUGUGUGCUUCCCCUCGCCUGUACUUUCUUGUGUGUACUAAAACUUGCAUUUGAAUUUCAUGUGCUUUUUUUAUGUUAAUCAGGAAACCGUUGUUAGUGUGGUGGAUACAUUCCUUCGUGUGAUACAUAAAUAAAACUCAUAAUUAGUAGCAGUUGGCAGUAUUGAAAUGGGAUCAUGAAAUUUAGUGAAUAAUACCAACAGAAUUAAUUCAAAUGAAGUGUGGAGAGGCUCUUAUACCUGUGUGACAAACGUCUUUUUAUUCUGAGUAAUAUUCUGAAUCAGCUUUAGGUGAACGGAAAACAGCAUGAGUUAAAUAAUUCUGUCUGGUUUGUUUUUACUGAUGGCUUUGCUUCAAUAAAUACAAUUUAAAAUA